AUGAGAAAGUUGAUAUAUUGGGGUAUCGAUGAUACAGAAAACGUUAAUGGAAGACUUCAUGGACGGGCCGAAAAUAUUUUGAAAUUUCUGCAAAGUUUAUCAAAUAAUAUAAUUGUUGUAACAGGAGAGAACCAUUGUUUGUCGUUAACUAAAGAUGGAGAAGUGUUUAGCUGGGAAUCUGGAAGAUUUGGACAGCUUGGAAUUAGAGAAUUAACAGAUUUAACGACGAUGUAUUUGCUAAUAACUAGUAAAGAGGUAAACUUUUGGAUGGAAUCACUUUGGGAGAUUGGAGAGAAUGACGAGGAAUUGAAUGUAUUGAAAGUGGAUGGUGGAAGCGCUCGUACAGUUGUUAUUACAGACAUUAUCGAAAAAGUUGAUACUAUCGUUGAAGUACCUUCUGCUGCGCGUACACCACCUUCAUUAAUAACAUCAACUCCUACGAACAUAAACUUUAUUUUUAAAACUCACGCUAACGUCUUUGUUGAAGCG